AUGGCAUCGUUCAGAACGUCUAACGCAAGCUGGGUGAGAAACAGUGGUUCAAGCAAUGAAACUGAAGCUGAAGACGAAGACACGUUUCUUCCUUCGCCAUUGAUUGUACUUUUGUCCUUUAUGUGCCUGCUGAUUGUUGCAGUUAAUGGCCUCGUAAUCGUCUUGAUCCACAAAAGGAAAUCACUGAGAACCAUCACCAACACGUUUCUCGCUUCACUGGCGCUUUCAGAUCUCAUGUCAGCUUUGUUGGGAAUUCCUCUUCUUGUCAUCUGUUUGGUGAGAGAUGUCAUCAAAGUUUGCUUAUCUUCCUCAAUUAUUAUUCGAUUCACCGCCAUUUCUUCAGUCUGCCAUGUUCUGCUAAUCGCUUGCGAUCGUUACAUUUUUAUAGUUCACUCCAUGAAUUACCAUUUUCUUGUAACGAAACGGCGAGCUAUGGUCGCCAUUUUGGGCAUUUGGCUUUUGUCAUUUCUAGCUUCUGUUAUUCAGUUGUCUUGGCAUAAUCUCCAAGAAGCAGCCUUGACCGAAUUUGACGAAACAGCCGAAGGAAUUGAUGUAAAAUACGGUCUAGCUUGUAUCGCGUUGUUCUUUGCAAUUCCUUUGUUGUUAAUGUGCUGUUUAUAUGGACACAUAUUUUACAUUUCGUUAAAACGCAACAAACGUGACCGUCAAUUGAACAAGAAUCUUCAGCAGCCCAAUCGAUCGGCACUCCAGGAGUGGCGAGGUCGCAGCGUUUUGUUGAUCACAAUGGUGAUUUUUGCCGGCUGUUGGUUGCCAUUUUUCUUGAUGGUACUUGAUGCACAUAUGGAAUCAUCCCCGUUUUCUCCUCUACCAGUUUCUCUUGAGCGCCUGCUGAUUUUUGUCGGCUUUAUCCCUCAGCUGUUAAACCCAGUGCUGUGCACAUUAGCCAAGAAAGAUUUUCGACAUGCAUUGAAAGAAGUGUUCUUGCCAAGGCAAGCACCCCUUGAGCGUAAACAUAAUGUGCGUUUUCAUAUCACCCGCAAUCAGUUUGGUGUCAACCACAACGUAGAGUGCGAAUGA